GAAGGCGAUGUCGUUUUACCGGGCGAUGUCGCGCUGCCUCCUCCGAGGAAUGGCCGUGGAGAGGGCAGUCGUGCCAUGGUACCACGAGGAGCAAGUUUUGAGCCCGUGGCAGGCAUUUUGCCGGAACUCCGUUUAUCCCGUCUGGUUCAAGUACGUCAAGGGGCCGAUGGAGCGCUAUCAGUACGAGCACACGGUGGCG